AUGACCUCCGAGGAGGACAUCCCCGGCUAUUAUGAAGCACUCGGCCAAUGGUCCGGGGUUGAAACACCUGGCUUCCCAGCAAAUUACAUGGGGGUCAACCCAUCAUACUGUACAGGGCCCAUGGUGCCACCAACCAUGUUAACCCCAAUUAGUCUCCCUGAUAGUUCAUUUCGACCCAGCCCAGCAUUGAGCCACCAUUCGCAAGAGUAUGCCCAAGACUACAGCUACGCCAUUGAGCCAGCACAAGGCCUGGGAAUAUCCGCCCCCUUCCCAAGCGAGUAUCCUCGAACAAGCGCCCCAGAUGCAAGUUACAUGUAUGCACAAGAGGACAUGUCCUAUGGCACAGGCCAUACGCCAAUUAUGUCCCCCGGAGGUCCACCUCCCAAGCGCACGAAGCGCGCAUCCUCCAAAUCAUCCCGCGACACACCAAUCAACAUCCUGCCAAACCCAGAAGGAAUCCAGCGUAUGGAGCGUGCCCCUCCUCAGACGCCACCUGUGCUCCCUCGAAUUCGUGGAUCCGGCAGAGGUAGACGGGAUCCACAGGCGGAGCAAGAAGAUGAGUUUGUGGAGAAUUUGCGCCAGCAGAAUGUUGCUUGGAAGGUUGUUCGUGAUGAGUUCCAGAAGACGUUCAAUAAGCAGACUUCGGAGGCACGUCUGCAGAUGCGGCUGCUCCGGAGACGUAAGGAGCGGCUGACACGCUGGGAAGACAAUGAUGUUCAGCUUCUUAUCAGCGCCCAUGAGAGCUGGGAGAAUGAGAAAUUUCGGUUCAUUUCAGACAAGGUAAGUCUUCUACAAUCUGGGUCGAACUGGGCCUUCGUUCAAGAGUUAACACACUGCCAGAUGAGAGAAUUCGGCUCGACAAAAGACUACACCGCAGAACAAUGCAAAGCACAACUACAGCUCCUCGAAGCUAAACAACAAAAUCGUCGAGAAUCAGGAAGCACUUCCCCUUCAGCCAUGUCCGACCCGCCACACACACCUUCAUUACCAUCGAUAUCACGCAAGCGGGCUCGGCCCCAAUCAUGGGACGAGCACAAUGCAUAG